CAUGAGAGCAGAUUUGUCUGCUGAGUACUAACAAAGACUUUGGUAUGAAGUAAAAUGAUGCCAGCUCUGUUAUCAGCAUGACUAAGCCUCCAUUACAGCCUCUUGAUAAACUGGUUUGAUCACCAGUAUUUUUUUUUUUUUUUUUUUUUUACUUGGUUUCAAGAAGCAUCAGAAUUAUAAUCAUAUAAGAUGUGCAGAAUAUUACCCUUAAGACAUUUGCAAACAUUAAUACUAUACAGUUUGUUUUCUGCUCUGGCUUUUAAUGGGUUUUAUAAAACAAUGAAACAGUUGUCUUUUGUGAAGCUUGGGACCAUUAUCAACAUUUUACUUCAUCUGCAAAGCAUUUGACAUGUGUUCACCAAGAGCUUAAGUGUUGAAUCAUUGCUCUUUUAAAAUGAAGUGUUGGCAGGAACUGACAGGAUGAUGCUUGUACCAACUUCAAAGACUUCUUGCAAAAUCCAUCUCAAGUUCUUAUCUAAAUUUAAUUAUGCCUAGAAAUUGAAUUAAGCAAAGGUAAUUCCCAGUCAUAAUAACUUUAAAUGCAUAGAAUGUUGUAUAGUGUUUCAUUUCAAUGUGACUGACUGACACCUUUUUAAUGGACAUCUGAGAGCCAAAUGUUCACUUGCUGGAGAGCUGUGGAAUGAACUUGUUUUGUGUAUGUGUUCACAGAAAAGCUGAUUCAUCCAGGCCUUGAAGAAUGAUCUCAUUCCUUCUCUGCUGUGUGUCCUCCCCUCUGUCUAGCUCUCUUAAAGAAACAACCGACGCUUUUUAAAUCAAAACAAGGACCUCCCUUUGGCUGUGUGGCCGCUGUUGGAAUAAUGACACAGUGCAGUGGUCCGGCCUGAGCUAUUGAAGAGCAUGCUGCCUGCCGUUAACUACAAGAGCAGGAAGUAAAACAAAAGAAAAUAAAAAUAUUUCCAUUUAUGCUCUCAGAGGCUAAUCAAGUUAUGGGAUCAUACCGGAUGAGAAAAUGUGAGGAAAAGCUCAACAAUGCAUAAAAGCAAUCGUAAUGUCUAAUAGUUGGUCUGUUGUUAUAUUUAGAAGUAAGUGGGAGUGAUUUAAAUCUGCAGUUGGCUUGUUUGGUGACAAACGGCUAAAACAUCCAAGCAAAAGUGACUCUUAAAAUAGGAUGACACUGGGGAGGGAAGCUGGAUACUUGAGUCUUCCUCAUAAGGAUCGUUUCUGAUCCACUAGCAUUAACUACUUUAUAUGAAGAAGACACAUUCAAAGUACGUAGUUUGACUUUGACCUAUGGUUGUUAAGAGUUGAGUUUCUGAAGACAGGCUUUCAAUUGUCCUACAGCCAUUGAACUGAUUGUUUAAAGGAGACAAAUGAACGCUGAUUAACAUCAUGAUGAUGUCUUCAUGUCUGUCUUUUGUCUGCCUAUUCAGAAUGGUCCCUUUCAUUUGCUGAUGACCAAGACCAUUGGCAGAGCAGUUUGAGUGAGCCUGGACUGUUUGAAGCCAAACAAGAACAGAGCUUGUUGGAUAGGCACAUUCAUUUAAUUUGACAGUCUUGAUUAAAGUUUGGCAAUGAGAAUUUUUGGGGAUACGAAAUAGAAAAAUUGAGGUUCUUGAGCAAAUAAAGUGGCCAAUGCUUUCAGUCCUUCUUAUAUUAAUUUUUUUUUAUUAAGGAGAGAUAGGCCUAAUAUUAAAGCUCUACAACAAUUUUUACAUAAGUAUAGUAAGAAUGUGGUAUUACAUUUUUUAUGAAGUUUAUAACACCCAAACACAUGUAUUUGUGACAUCACAAAUAUUUAUUUCACGGCUCUCUGGAAUACUUGAUUUUGAUUACUCAAUCGCAACAUUUUUACCGUAGCACGUCUCCAAGUCAAGAUUACUCCGCGGCCUAGAUGUUUCAUGAGUUAAAAUAGCUAGUUUGUGCUGUUUUGCGAAUUUAAACGGUUACCACCACAACAAACUAUGACUAAAAUGGUCUCGAAUGCCUUCAGUAUUAAUUUAAAUAUAUAUGGAAAGCAUAAAAAUUUUGAGCGCAGACUAGAAGUUACAGUUAAAGCAACAAAACGAAAACUUUGAUCGGAGGAACAACGAAUAGAAGCUAAGAGAUAUUGAACGAUAUUGUAGCUAAAUGUGUUUUCUAACUAGUCCACGAUAAAACUAACCUGAAUUGCAGAUAUUUCUACAUAAAAUAAUAUUAUGUCAUUUGUUGAUGUGUUCGUCUUGUAGCUGGACCGACUGUUUUCAACAUUGAUGGACUAUUUUUCUUAGCGGAGGCUUUAAGCUAACAAGCAGUUCAUGUAUAUUACAAUUAAAUAUAUAGUAUUUCAACAAAUUACUGUUUAAUGUUAAUGUAUUUAUUUCUUUAUUAAGUAAAAGUAGUGUAAAUAAGCGGAAAAAUGUACAGCCAAUCAGUCAUGGUACAAGACCUCUCCAGUAGUCUGCAAAUUAUCUUUACAUUGGCACUGAUAGUUUGCGUUCACUACAUCUAAUCAAGCGCGCGAGCUGAUUUAAACAGACAGGCAGCGCGUGCAAACAGAUAUUACAUGAUCAGUGUCGCGCUGAUUAAACCUAAACGACUCUUUACAAACAUGAAGCAAUCACAGAAUGCCUACUGUUCCCAUCAACGAACAUGCAAAUUGGAGAUAAAUGAUAAGCAAAAGCAACAUCCUUGUUUCUAUUUUCGCUUGACUGACUGACAGCAAAACAGUAACGGUAUUUGAAUAAAAAUAAAAGGUAAUACCAGUCGAAUGUCAGAUACAAAUAUAAACGGUUUGGACGUUAGUAGUGGCUUCUGCAAUUGAAACAAAGGGGGUGCAUUGGAAUAAAGUUGCCGUUGAUCCUCUAAUGAGAUGUAACUCAAUGUAUAAGCCACUGCAGCUCAGCGCGUUGUGCAGGAGGCGGCGCAUAGGACUGUCGGAUCAUUUCCAACUGACGAAGAUUAUUAUUAAAGUGUCCCAGUAGACCGGGGCUGCCUUCCUGCCUCAGUCGGCCAUGCGUCCUCCGAAUUGGUAUGAACGAAUGAAUAAACGAGGCGUUGCGGAGCGCUGUUAGCCAAUGCGGGUGCUUCUCACACACACUAAAGCGCGUCGAGUGGGAUAGUAUGUCGUCGAGCUGUCAUGUAGGCUACUGAUAAUUGUCAUGUUUCUGUUUCGGUCUGGACUUCCAUAGGGGAAUAAGUAAUCGCGAUGUGGCCAUUGAAGGAGGCGGGUAUCUCACAGACAUCCGGAAUCCAUCGCGGAAUCCCACAGCUGCAUCGCGGAGCUGCGAGUCAAAGCGGCCCGCUUUAGGAGCUCCUACCGCGCGUCGUUAUGCCAUUCCCAACGCUGUUUAUGGAGGAUUACUGUACGAGACAGUCGUGCGUCAUUUCGUGCCUUGAUUGAUACACAUUUUCCCAUAAUAUGGCCGAUCAGAGCAACAUUCAGUCUGCCGCUUCCAAAAGCAUCAGGCCGUUUAAAUCCAGCGAGGAAUACCUGUAUGCCAUGAAGGAGGAUUUGGCUGAAUGGCUGAAUACGCUGUACGACCUGGACAUCACGGCGGACACUUUUAUGGAGGGUCUGGAGACCGGCUGCGCGCUCUGUCGGCAUGCCAACAACGUGAACCGCGCCGCCCACGAAUUCAAGGCGAAUUAUCCAGAUGCGGCGCUUUCUUUGCGGAUACCCAGCAAGGACGUGGUCUUCCAGUCGAGGAACGUCAUACCGGGGUCGUUUUUGGCCAGAGACAACGUGUCGAACUUCAUCGGCUGGUGCAGGCAGGAGCUCUGGAUCAAAGAUGUGCUCAUGUUCGAGACCAACGAUCUGGUGGAGAGGUGUAACGAGAAGAACUUCGUGUUGUGCCUGCUGGAGGUGGCUCGCCGAGGGGCCAAAUUCGGCAUGCUGGCCCCCAUGUUGAUUCAACUCGAGGAGGAGAUCGAGGAGGAGAUCCGGGACCAGGAGAACCUGACAGAGGUUUUAGGGGAGUCCCAGAGCCCGCCGAGCAGGACGUACAGUCGCAAGAAAAGCAUCGGCGAGCCCGACCCAGAGCUGUUGGCCCGCUGGCAGCAGCAGCAGAAGAGAGUCCUGCUGGAUAUGCGCAACCUGGACGAGCUGGUUCGGGAGAUUCUGGGCCAGUGCUCCUGUCCAUCACAGUUUCCCAUGACCAAAGUCUCAGAAGGGAAAUACAAAGUGGGCGACUCCAGCGCACUCAUCUUCAUCAGGGUGUUACGGACUCAUGUGAUGGUGCGUGUGGGUGGAGGAUGGGACACACUUGAGCAUUACCUCGACAAACACGAUCCUUGUCGCUGCGCAGCAUUUGCUCACCGGUAUCAGCAGGCUAAAGCGAGUGGCCAGGGUCCUCACAGUAAGAGCUCCAGCGCUCAUUCUUCCCGCUCCACAAGCCCAGGACCUCACUGGCGCAACGAGGGCAUGGCGCCCUACAAAACACCCGACAGGCGUUCUUUGGACCCUGUGAUGGGCGCCACAGCGCAUUCCUCUCCAUCACGGCCUGGCAGGUCGCACCAUGCAGCUGUACCUGUAGAGAUGGAAACUAACACAGUGCGACCCAUGACACUGCUGCCUCGACCACCACGAGACAGAUCAGAACCACGCCACUUUAAUCCUCUCAGGAAUAAGGAAUCUCUUCUUCCGACUCGCAGACUUUCAGGAGAUAGUGACUCUUCUACAGCCUCUUCUAAAGGUGGAGGAGGAAGCACAGGAGGAGGUCGCUUUUCUCUGGGUACACGGCAUGCUCAUGGAGAUGAGGUGGUGCUGCUGGUGAACCGUAAGGAGGGGAAACACGUUAUUGAGCGUCCUGGAGCAGGAGCACAGAUUCCAGCCCUGAGAGCCCCUCAGACCCGUGCCCGUAGUGCUUCCAGAGAGCGCCCAGCACUGCAGUCCACCUCAAUCCUUAAACCUAGUCCACCACAGGGCUCAGCAGAGGUACAACAAACACCCCGCACAGAGAGAGGCAGAUCACUGGGGCCUGAAGGUCCACGGAGGCUCCAAGCUCCACGGUCCCUCAGCCAGGGCAAGACACCUAGAGGCCGAUUGAGUGAAGUCAGUCCCGGAUCAUCACCUCGCCGAAGAGACCCUCAGCUGCUUUCUAUAGAUCGGAGAGAGGAACUGAGAUCCAAGCAUAUGCCUGCAGCAUCCUCAAGAAUAAAUGGAAAUUUGCCCAGAAGACAAACAUCCUCCUCUGCCUCAAACUCACCCGUUAAAGGCUGCGCCAGUGGAAGUCCUGUGAGAAAGGGGAUGGUAACACCACGUCCCCCUGCUCCUCGGUCACCUUCUUCUGGGAGCCGGAAGUUGCUGCCCCCGGUCACACAGCCAGGGAGGCGCUCUCCACAUUCUUCUCCGCGAUCAAAUCCUCUCCACCCUCCACGUUCCCCUCGAUCAACUCACAAUACACGAUCCACAGGGAGAGACCAAAGAGGUAGGGCAAAUCCCUACAACCAACAGCAGGAGAGCCAGGAGGACAGCAGUAUGUUUAGUUUACACCUGCUGCCAAGUCUGGACCCUCAAAGGGAGCAAGAUCUGUAUCGUAGCUUUGAGGCAGAGUUCCUAGCCAACACGCAACAAUCCAAGGUUGGGCAGGGUAAAGAGUCCACUGGAAGGGAAAUAAGGUCACUACAGCUCCCUGUCUCCCAUCAAGGUUUAGGGGUGCUCCCAACCUCUUCGGGUGACACUAACGUUACAGACUCUGCUUACUCUUCGUCUAACUCUUCAACAUCUUCUCUUAAUGUUGGAGGUAAGGUGGGAGUCCUGCCUGAUUUGCGAGAGUCUAAACGGACUAAUCAUCUUCCCUGUGCACUCGAGGACCCACCUGCCCUUCUCCACAGCCAGAUUCGUGGAGGCCUCCCCAAUGGAGGGCUCGUGGAGGGAGAGAGAUGGGGUGGUAAAGGUGGUCUCCGUAAGCUCCCUGCCAUCUCCAGCUCCACAGAGGAAGGAGAGGCCUCAAAUCCAGGCCUAUCCAGAUCAGUGGGCCUCCCCAAAGACAUCAAUGGAAGCCUCCCUUUGACUGAGGUGCCAAUGGAGAGCCAGCAGGACUUGGUGGAAUGGGGUGGGGUGGAGGGAGAUGUGCCACAAAGUGAACAUCACCCAGACCUGCCAUAUGACAAUGCUGACCAGACUCUUCCUGAGUCAUUUCCCUCCCCUCCGCCACCUCUAGAUGACUGUUCCUACCAGGACUCAUCCAGUGAAAGCUCCUCCAUGUGCUUGAGUAUGAGUGAGCCUCCAUCUGAAGGCUCCUGCACUCCUCCUCUACCACUGGCCAAUGGGGAUGCGGAAGGGGCAGUCAUACUCCGUGCCAAGAAGGGUCAAAAGAAGACAGAGAGAGUGCCGUCCAUCUACAAGCUCAAGCUGCGGCCACGGAUAAGACCUCGCACUGACAAUAGACCCGAGAACAGCCCGUCGCGCAUCCCUACACCUGUACGAUACAGAAAUAAUUGUCAGCAGUCUCCUGCCAACUCGUCUCCGCUCCAGACCCCACCACAGUCCCCACGUUUAAACACUAACCAACCCUCGCACAAAGCUCUGCACCAGGCCUUUGCGGACCUCAUCCAACCCCAGCAGCGAUCCCCAGCUAUGGGCUCUAGAGAGUGUGCCUACUCUUCAGAGUCCAGCUUAGACAAUGAGGCCUGGAUGUAGUGAAUGAUGACUAUGUACGCAAGCCUUUGCUCAGAAUAUACAGCUUUACAGUCAGAUUAGAGAGAGGAGUGGCGAAAAAAGCACAUUUGUAAGACAAAGAGACAAUGCACAUCUGACUGGUGUACAACAUGUAGCAGGAAUCCUUACUGUCAUUUCACUGGAGAUAGACAUUUGUACUAAAGUGGCUAAGAACAUUACCAAUGCCAUUCUUAACAUCUUGGACUAACAUAGCCUGUUCUGAAGUAAUUCAGAGAGCUACAUGCAUCAUCGGAGAUUUGCUUGAUUUCAUUCAUCGCGUUUUCUGUUUGGGAAAGGAAAUUACUGCAUUUCCCUUUAGGGUAUCUCUAGGUUUAAUGCUCCUCUGUAGGUCAUGUCCUCAUUACCUGUUUUUGAAUUUGUUCCAUGAAGACUAAUUUUAGCUGGUUUAGUUCAGUUUUCAUUUGUUUGGAGUGGAACGAAGUAUAAAAAUUUUAAUCAGGGAAUUGUAAUAUACAGAGUAUACUGUAUACUGGAGAAUAAGAGCUGUAUAAUCCGUACAGCAAAUAAGAUGAUGGUGAAAUCAUUUUAGUGUGCAAGGCGAGCACCUAAAUGACGCUUCGACCAUACUUCUAUGUGGAAUCCAAAUUGGAAGUACUUUUGAAUGACUGUUCUGUUUUUAGCCCAGGCUAAAUAGUACGGCAUAUAAACUUGUUGCAUCGUUUUGAGGAUCUCUCGGAAAUGUUUAUGAGAGGACGCAAUUCAUGCUUUAUCUGUUUAACAUCACCUUGGCAGACAAGCAAAUAUGUUGUAUUUGUGUAUUAUGUUCUGUACAAAGUAAUACGGUUAAUGUAUAGGUUUAUAUGUAAUUAUGUUCAUUUACUUAAAUGUGUGUUAGUGUAAUGUAAAUAUAAUUAUUAACUGAAUUUAAUAUUAAUGUAUAAAACAAAUGCUGUUUAUUUCAGUAUGUUAAUUCUGCCUUAGCUAUGCAAUGUUGCUAUUGAAUGUUGCCUUGACAAAUUUUCUUGCCUUAAAGUAAGUAUGAGAAGUUAGUAUAGUGUUUGUGAAGUAGAGAUGAAGGGAUGCUGUGUGUAUGUAUCUGGGUGGCUAAAUCUGUGAGUGUGUGAGGUAAAGAAUGUGUGUUGAACUGGAUGGAUCCUGUGUUUCGGCCCAUUGUUAACUGUGAGACAAUUACACAUGUGAGGGUAACGGUAACAAGAUCCUGCUUUAUCAGCAUUCCUCUGUUCAAAGACUUUGUUUAAUUAUUGCUUGAUUUAUCUACAAAUGAGAAAUGGAAAUCAUUUUUAUUGUCAAAGCUAUAUGGAGUCCAAAACUGUUUAUGAAGUAGUGAUAUUUUCCACUUUAUUCAACAUUAGACAUUCAAUUUCUUUUAAAGUUCGUUGGCGCCACCAAGUGGUCGAAUGAUUAAUCAGUUUUUUGUUUUGUUUUUUUGAAUGUUAAGUCAAAUGUUUUGUGACUUACAUUACAGUAUGAAAGUAUUGAGUUACUUGAGUGAGUUAUUAUAAACUGUGUUAUUUUUUUUUAAUUCAAACACAGUUAAUAUGAUUGGUACUGGUAGACCAUUGCAUAUAAUAGGGGAUAACAGUUAAACGACUCCAGUUAAAUGAAUUACACUACACCAUUUUGUUUUGGCAUUGGAUUGUUUAUUUAUAUUAAAUGAGUAAGUUUUUGGCCUUGGUGAUUGGUUGUGGGUGAACAGUUUUAUCAUAAAGGGAUGUUUCUGAAUGAAUGGAUGAAUUGUUUAUUUUUGGUAUGUUCUGUUUUGGAGGCUUUAUAGUAUACUGCCCUGUGUUCAUGAGCUCAAGUGUUUGAUUGAGAGAUGUUCUGAUGUUUGCUGUUUCUGUUAAUCCAAAAUGGGUCAGAAAAAGUGAGGGAGAUGUUUUUGGGAAUGGAUUUCAGUGUUCAUGUUUUGCCGAAAGGACUGCAACCAUAUGAUUAUUACCGUUAGCAUGACCAUUGACACUCCACAAAAAUCCGCAAUACAAUGCAUCACUGCACAUUGCUUAUAAGUUUAUUGCCAUUUAAAUGUCUGCUGUGACACUUUAUUAAAUGUCAUACCUAAGUAUGAAAGUAUAAAUAAGGACAGUAGAGCUUUAUGCAGUCUUUCAGAUUACAUUAAUGGUUGCUGUGCCUAAUUCACAUUUUAGUCAAACACAUAUACACACUACACAUCCAGUUACCUUUACAAUAUCUAAUCAUUAACUGCCAUACAUUUGUACAGUAAACUGAUUUUUGAGCUCCAAACGUAUUUAUUCUGUUUUGCUUUCCAAUAAAAAUGACAGAACGAUGUUUCUUUUCUGUGAUGACAUUUGUUAUGUGUUUCUAAGUCACAUUUAGACAUUUUUUAAAUAAUUUAUUGCAUGGAUGGGUUCUGUUUUUCUUUAUUCGUUAUUGACAUCAGAAUACAGACAUGUAGAUUCACAUGUUUUAUUUACUUGAGCAAUCCCAUCUGAUUUGCAUUAUGCUAAUAUGAUGUUCAGAUGUGAGCUACAAAAUGCAUGCUAAAUCUACAAAAUGUCAUGCUCUGGUUUCAAUAAAUGAAACGGCUGUUGGAUGAUUUGAAAUUUGAAUGUCUAUGGAUUUACUUUUAAAUUGCAUUUUUUAGCUGAUUGUUUUUCUUUAAUGUUGACUUGACAAUGAAAUGUAAGGUCUUGACAUUGUGGAAUUUGUCUGUGUUGAAUAGCAAUAUUGCAAGACCAACAUUCCACUGUUCCUUGAAAACCAAUUGCUGUUAAUUUAAUUCUUGUGUAAUAAAAAUGUUUUGGAUGAAA